AGACGGCCUGUAGUAGAAUUUUUUAAAACUAGUUUAUUAAAUCAACAAAUUAAGAUGGGGCGACGCUCCAUAAACACCACUAAAAGUGGCAAAUACAUGAAUCCAACAGACCAAGCGCGCAAAGAGGCUCGGAAAAAGGAGCUGAAGAAGAACAAACGACAGCGCCAAAUGGUGAGAGCUGCCGUGCUCAAGAACAAGGAUCCCUCGCAGAUACUUGAAGAGAUGGAAAAGAUAGACGAGAUGGAGUAUAAUGUGCUGCAGCCGUCGCCUCUGAAUGAAAAGGUGCUGCGCGAUAAGCGCAAGAAGCUGAAGGAAACCUUUGAUCGAGUUAUGCGACUCUAUCAUAACGAUGAGCCCGAGCACUGGGCGGAACUAAAGCGCAAGGAGGUGGAUUACGAGAAGAAGCGUCUGAAAAAGCAACAAUACUACGAGAGCGUCAAACAUGCCCAGAGCGUACAGAUCGAUGAGAUCCCACUGCCAGCGCCGGUGACAGCAGCCAAUGCUGGUGCAGGCGGCACGAGUACAGCCAACAGUGGCAAUAAUAGCAGCAACAUCAUCUUUCCAGGUGGAUCAGGCGGCAUACGUAUGCCACCGCCGCCUAUGACGCUAGCUUUGCCGCCUUUUGCGCCUGGCGCACCACCGGGUGUUGCCAAGAACAGCGAAAUUGCGGCCGACUUGCAGUCGGAUAAAUCAAAAGAAGACGAUGAUAAGGAUUGGCUUGGUGUGCCACCAGGGCCGCCGCCUGAUCUCUUUGCCAUGUCAGAGCUCGAUUCGGAUGCAGAGGGCAACACCGACUACGAGGGCGACGAGGAAGAAACGGCCACCAGCCCCAAGUUACAACAGCGCAUGCAGAACAUUGACGAUUUCAUGAAAGAAAUGGAGCAUGUGCACAAGCGCAAGCAUCGAAAACUGCAGAGUGACGAGGAGCACGAUAAGGAACACACUGAUAAGGAUGAGAAGCGCGACAGCGCCUCAGAGAGUAAAUCGCCACCGGCCCGUCGUCAUGUCAGCAGCCACAGCCGCAGCCGUAGCCACAGUAGCAGCAGCAGCAGUAGCAAUGACGACGAAGACGACGAUGACGACGCAGAUGAUGAUAUGGGCUCUGAUGCCGAUGCCAAGCAGCCCACUAGCAAUGCUGCCAAAGAGCCGGUUAAGCCAAUAGCUGUUGCUGCAGCCACAACGUCGGUGCCAGCGCCGCCAACAGCGCCCUCAUUGCCUGCCAUACCGUUGCCGCCAAGUGCGCCAGCGCCGCCGCAGCUGCCACAACUGCCGCAUCUGCGCAACAUAGCCCCGCCGCCGGGUAUUAUGUUCCGACCGCCACCGAUGCGACCACCCGGACCAGGUCUAGCAGGAUUUGGCCUGCGUAUGCCGCCUGGCCCGCCGCCAGGAGCACGACCCCCACACGCUCUGGGCCCCAUGCCGCGCAUGGGCAUACGCAUGCCUCCAGGUCCGCCGCCAGGAAUGCCGCCGCGCAUGGGUGGCCAUCAUCCUAAGCAUGGUAAUACAAAUCCGCCACCAAGCAAGGAACCGGGCAAAGGCGUCACCACGAUCACAGCUAAGCCGCAGAUAAGGAAUCUGAGCGCGGAUGUCACCCGAUUUGUGCCCUCGACGUUGCGUGUGAAACGCGAAGAUCAGCGCCGAGUAGCGAGAGGUAAGCAUCCAGCUGGCGGUCACGAUGUUAGCGAACGUAGCAUCCAUGCGCCGCCAGAGGCACACAAGAAGCCACCCACUAAGGAUGACGCCUACCUGCAGUUCAUGAACGAGAUGCAGGGUCUGCUGUAGCACAGCUGCUAUCUAAACUAAAU